UGCGCAGCGAGGGGACUGAGUACGAGAAUACAAGAAGAGUCACAAUACUUAGUCCAUGCAUCGAAGGAGGCGAUUUGUUAUCAAGCAGUAAAGGGCGAAGAUCUGAUUGUCCUGUGUAAGCGCCUUCAAGAGCAUGAGCGAACCUGAGCCAUCAUCGCCUCGACCCGAGCGUACUCCGAUUCCAGAACGCUCACCGACCGCUGAACCUGAAUGGACAGGGAAAUCUAAAGCCGAGCCGAUACCUGAUUGGACAAAUGCGACCGCUACAUGGCUUGGCGCGUGGGAAGUUCACUGGAUUGGCCUGGGCGCCAUGUUUACCCUGCUGACCCUAUAUGCUGCAUUCUCCAUAAUCACAAUGAUGCGUGUGAAACAAAAAAGGCGACGAAUUUUUUCUAUUUUCGUUAGUUCCAUGCUCCUGGUUUUCGGGAUCUCUCGUGCGAUGUUUCUUUUCAUCAAUCCUUACGAGUCUCCGCAAUGCUACAUUCUCCCAUCAUGCCCGGCGUUAUUAACCAGGAUCCUUUUUGGGAUUGGUCUACCUUGUUUAACCGCUGCGUUCUCAUUCAUUCAGUUAGUAUUUCUGCAAGUCGUGGAGAUGAGGCUUUAUCCGAGCAGAAUUCAAAGCUGGAAGUUCCUCCUUGGGAUUAUAAUCACCCAUUUUUCGCUCGCGAUUGUCACGGAAAUUAUUAUCUUUAUAUUUGCAGACUGGAAAUCACUCAGCAUCGCCUGCCAAGUGUUUUUCAUAGUUUUUAGCCUCGCUCUCAGCUCUUCCUUCGUCUAUACGGGGACUACAAUUAUACGUCACGUGCAAAAUAGCUCCCGUGAUGUCGGUAGCAUUGGUCAGCGAAUUGACACCGAAGCGCAUGCGCAUGGUGGAAAGACAAGCCUGACUAAACUUGUGCGAAUAACUUUUUUGGUGGCAGCGCUGGGAUUGGUUAGCUGUGCUCUGCAGAUUUAUUCCAUAUUUGCAGUGUACGAUAUUUAUAAGAACGAUUCUCCCCAGCCAUGGCCUUGGUGGGCCUUUCAAACGCUUUUUCGCUGCGUUGAACUCGCCGCUGGCUGCACCAUGGGAUAUGUGAGCCCGCGACAGACUGGUAAUUUAAAAUCGAUUAUUUGCUGUGCGCAUGACCAGGAGAAAGCAGUGUUUUAUUACACAGACAUUGAGAAUAGUGAGAACGCUGUGACUGUUCAAAACAAUGGUUUGUAUAAUACGUCACAAGGUAUAUCACUAGGACAAAGAAAAAUUGAUAGGGUCUGAAAAUAUAACAAACAAGGAAAAUAUACCUACUCAACUCUACACAUACAACCAGCAUGAAAAAGAUAAUGGUGAAUAAAAGUCUGAACUGGUGGAACAAGGCACUCCUAUUCAAAGAAUGACGGGUGUUUCCCGGAUUCGUGAAAUCAACUUUGCAAAGCAAAAAUAAAAACAAACAAAACGAGAACUGAUGACCUGCAAAAAGUGGACGAGGUGCGUUCAUUUGCGGCCGUAAAAGUGUAAUUAUUGACAUUGAGUUUUUAUAUAUAUUUUAUCCCUCCAUCUCCUAUCCAUCAGUUCCAAUGUUGUAAACGGAGGAGUUCCACAAUGCGUGUAUUAGUAAGACAGCAUUCUAGGAACACCAGAAUGCUCGAGGUGUGCACGAUGCUUUGGGUGAGAACAUCAAAAAAGUUCUGGAACGAAGAUCUCAUUCUUUCCGAAUAACCUCUGGUGGACAAGUAAGACUGAAAGUUGAUUAUAAUUGCUGUUGAAUCCUUUGUAUCGCGACCCGCGUUUUCAAAACACGAUUUGUUUUGGUUUUCUGUUUCGUCAGUAAAACCAUUCUGGGCCAAUCAGAGUCUCGCUUUGUGCACUUCCCUUGGCCAUCCUCUGGACAUAAACCAGACACUGACAGUGUCGCGACAGAAAGCCAGGCAACUGCACUAGGCGAGAGAUGGCAAGAAUCUGAUUGGCUUAGAAUAAUUUGACUGGCAGAACAGAAAAUCCCAAAAGAAAAACAAAUCAAUGUUUUGACAAUAAGGCAUCGCGAUACAACGGAUUCGACAGUAAGACAGCAUCAAUCGAGAUGCCUCUUAUUUAACAAAUCAACCCACUUUUCAAAUAAUGGAAAUAACACUUAAGUGUUUCCAUUUCCUAGAAUUACCAGGGGCUUUAAAUAUCCAGGCCUUUGCAGUCAAUUGGACCUGCACGGCAAGCAGGGGAGGGGUAAAGGGCGGCUCUGACACAGGGCAUGACACCGUAUGGGUCACCAAGGAUGAACGGUUUCAUACAGAACAUGGAUCACCGAGGGGUGUGGAUCACCGAGGGUGUGGGUCAACAAGGGGUGUUGGUCACCAAGGGGUAUGGGUCACCCAGGGGUGUGGGUCACCGAGGGGUUUGGGUUACCGAGGAUGAACAGUUUCACGAGUUGUCAUCCCAUUAAGACUUUUGAUUUUAGAAUUUGUUACUGAUAACGUUUCUAUUCUGGUUUUGUGUUUGUGUUCUUCAACACAAGGAAACAAAAAUAUAUAUAUUGCUGAUUAAACGUUUUCACACUAAUUGCCA